CAACUCUCUCUCGAAUGCAAAGAAUUAUUUAUUUGUUUCCAAGUCACACAAGCUGCUGUUACUUUUCUCUGCUCUUCUAAGCCAGGGCCAUUGCCAGUGUCUAGUUUGUGUUUUUGAAAUAAUUGAGACAGUUACGUGCAUUCCGUAACUUACCUGUAAACAUGAAUGACACGGGCUCAGAAGACGCUGUCAACCCACAGAUGGACAAUGAACAGCUACCUACUAUGUCAGAAAUUUACAUUUUACUUUUGGCUGAUUUAAGUGAAGCUGAAGGUUUUGUAGAAAAUGCAAGAAGUCAUGCUAAUGAAAAUCAGCCGAGGCAGUCCUGGGGAGCUCUUCUCAAAAGUCUCAAAAGGAUGAACAGCAAUCAAAGUGAUGUUCAGACAAGAUCAAAGAAGAGCAUGAUGGAAGGACUUUGCAAAAGUGUUGAAGAUAUGGCACCACUUGGUGAGCCACUUCAAAGUGGCCAUGUAUCCCUUGAAUUGAGAUCUAAAUUACUAGACAGGGUGAAGAAGGAUAGGGAGAGCAUUGAACGCAUGACUUCUCAACUUGCUCAACUUCAGGAUGUUAACAAAGAGUUGGAACGUAAGACAGAAGAACUUGAGAGGAUUGUAACUACUCGAACUACAUCAGGCGAAAUGAAAAAAAAAUUUAAGCUUGAAGAGAUAGGAAAGAGAAUUAAAGAGCACAGAGCUCGGAUUGUGAAAGAUACACGUUAUGUGACUGCAGAAUUGUGCCCAGAUUCAUAUAUUCAAGAUAUCCUGUCGGAGGCACUCAAGGCAUCCCAGCCAGGAAAUGAUCCUUAUAUUUGCAUUGACGAAGCGUCACCGGAUGACGUGGAAUUUUUAUUGCGAUGUAACCUAAUAUCAAGAAAUCCUCAUGACCCCACUCUAGUAAGAUUACGUGACUUGGUUUAGUUAAGAAUUGGAGUAUAGGCGAGUCCUUUCAACAAAAAUUUUAUUUCAUGUGACAUUAUAUAUACUUUUAUAAAUACUUUUAUUAUUUUUAGUUUUUACAUGGUCAAUCUGUGUUAGCUCUUUGAUUAUAAAUAUUAGCAAAUGUGAAUAAACGUACAACUCAGGAAGAUCCACUAUGAUA